AUGAGCCCAGCAACGGAGCCUGGUCUGGCCGCCAACAAGGAUCCUUCCAAGAGCAAUGACAGUCCCACAGCCAUUCAGCCAGAAGAUGGACACGAGCAUGUAGAGGGAAGCGAGGAGGAGGAGGAGGAAGAGUCUGAGGAAGGUGAAGAAGAAGAAGAAGUAGAGGAGGAUGACGAGGAGGAGGAGGAAGAGGAGGAAGAGGAGGAAGAGGACGAGGAAGAAGACGAGGAAGAAGACGAAGAAGAGGAAGAGGAAGAAGAAGAAGAGGAAGGGUCUGAAGAAGAAGCCGAGGAGGACGAGGAGGACGAGGAGCCAAAACUGAACUAUCAAAGACUCGGCGCCGGCAUCGGAGAUAUGCUCAAGAAGGACUCUGCCAGUUGUACCACCGUCUCUGACCGAUUCUUGGCCAUGGGAACACACUGGGGGGUUGUUCAUAUCAUGGACUUUGAGGGAAACGAGAACCAAAAGUUCCAGGCUCAUCAGGCAACUGUCAACGACCUCAGCGUGGAUUUGGACGGAGAAUACAUUGCCAGUGCUUCGGACGACGGCAAGGUUGUUAUCAACGGACUGUUCCAGAACGAGGACCAUGUUUUCAACUAUAAGCGACCUAUCAAGGCUGUCGCGCUGGAGCCUCACUAUGCUCGGUCGAAUGCUCGCCAAUUUGUCUCGGGAGGAAUGGCAGGCCAACUUAUUCUGAACGAGAAAGGAUGGUUCGGCAACCGUGACGUUGUUCUGCACUCGGGAGAAGGACCUAUCUACGCCAUCAAGUGGUGCGGGAACUUGAUUGCUUGGUCGAACGACUUGGGCGUAAAGAUUUAUGAUACAACAACGGAACAGCGCAUCACAUUCAUCGACCGGCCAGGAUCUAGUCCAAGAGCAGACUUGUUCAAAUGUAGACUGUGCUGGAGGAGUGAGACGGAGCUGUUGAUCGGUUGGGCAGCACUUGUCAAGAUUGCCGUCGUUAAGAAUCGGCCAAAGGACCAGAUGAAGGCGGGUCUCCCUGCACAAUUCGUCGAGAUCACCACAAUGUUCCAAACCGACUUCAUCGUCUGUGGUAUUGCGCCUUUCAAGGAUAUGCUGCUUCUCAUGGCAUAUGUUGUGGACGACAUUGAUGAGAUUGCUCACGUUACAAGUUCGGAGAGGAACGAACGCAAGCUGGCUAAACGGCCAGAGUUGCGUAUUAUCAACGCGUACAACGAGGAAAUCAGCUCGGACGCCUUGACACUUCACGGAUAUGCUCACUAUCAAGCAAACGACUACAUGUUUGAGAACUUGCCAUCGCAGGAUAUGUUCUACGUCGGAAGUCCCAAGGAUCUUGUUGUUGCCAAGGAGCGUGACCUGGACGACCAUAUUGAGUGGCUCAUGGAAAGAGAGCGUUACGAAGAAGCUUUGGGUCAUGCCAGGGAAGCGCAGGUCUAUGGAGGCAGCAAAAAAUUCAACGCAAGCGAGAUCGGACAAAAAUAUCUUGGCUGGCUCCUCGAGCAAGGUGGGUUUGAUGAGCUAGUUCAAAGCGUUUACGCAGUAGCUCGUGAGGAUUACGACAAGGCUGCUGCACAGUGUCCGAGCAUUCUUGGUUCAGAUGCUGAACUCUGGGAGCACUGGAUCUACGCAUUUGCGGAAGCAAGGCAACUCAAAGCUAUUGCGGGAUAUGUUCCAUUCAAGGAGCCCACGCUCAGCGAUACAGUGUAUGAGCUGAUCCUGGCUUACUUCCUCAUGCACGAUCACCAGUCUCUCUUCAGCACUGUCAAGAACUUCCCACCUGAUUUGUACAACAUUCAAAGUGUCAUUGUUGCAGUGGAGGAUCGUUUGAAGCAGGACAAGGACAACGUGUUGCUCAUGGAAUCUCUUGCCGAAUUAUAUACCCGAGAUGGCCGAGCAGACCGCGCCCUGGAGUACUUCUUGAGACUGAGGAGGCCGAAUGUAUUUGAACUCAUCCGUGAACAUGACUUAUUCUCUGCUGUUCGCGACAAGGCCAUCCUCCUCAUGGAGUUUGACCAGUACUUGUAUGAGAAGAAUACCAAGGAGCGCAAGGAAGCUGGACAGGCUCCGUCGACAUUGAAACCUGAGGAGGAGCUGACACAGGGUCCUGCUGUUCAAUUGAUGGUUCAGCAUACCGAGGAGAUUCCAAUCAAGAGCGUUGUACCACAGCUCAAGAGUCAGCCACGCUUGUUGCACAUCUAUUUGGACUCGCUCUUUUUGAGGGAUCCUCAUCUUGGCUUUGAGUUUCAUGACCUCCAAGUGGAGCUCUAUGCUGCAUAUGCACCGGCCAAGUUGAUUGAUUUUUUGCGUGCCAGCAAUUACUACUCCUUGGAGAAGGCAUAUCGCACUUGCGAGCAACGCGAUCUUGUCCCAGAGAUGGUGUUCCUGCUGGGUCGCAUGGGCAACAACAAGAAGGCUCUUAUGCUCAUCAUUGAGCGCCUUGGAGAUGUUGAAAGGGCGAUCAACUUUGCCAAGGAGCAGAACGAUGACGACCUAUGGGAGGACUUGCUCAGAUACUCCAUGGACAAGCCAGAAUUCAUCCGAGGCUUGCUCCAGAAUGUGGGAACAGAGAUUGACCCUAUCCGUUUGAUUCGCAGGAUCCCGAACGGAUUGGAGAUUCCAGACCUGCGACCAGCGUUGAUGAAGAUCUUGCAGGAUUUCAACCUUCAGAUGUCGCUUCGGGAGGGUUGUCGUCGUAUCUUGGUGAGCGACAGUGUUGCCAUGGCGGACCAGCUUCAAAAGUCCCAAAAGCGGGGUAUCUCUUGCUCUGAGGAAACCAAAUGCCAAGUGUGCCAGGAACCUAUCUUUGUAAGGGGCGAGAGCCGCCUACCAGGAGCCAGCAUUUCGACGUUUGUGAUGUUCUUCUGCAGACACGUCUACCACGACAGGUGUCUGUUUGCUGAUGACGAGGAGACGAUGCCGAGGAUGAAGUCCAGUCUUGCAAAGAUCACGCUCCGAGCCAAGGCUAACCAUGCGGCCUUGAUCCGGUCCAAGCGUGGGCGCACUCCUUGUCCACUCUGUUUGGACCAGGCCAAGAUCGAGCUCUCUACCGGGCAGUGA